AUGCCUGAGUUGGAGGUCAAGAAUGAGGAUGGUACCACCACUAUCAUGACCCAAUGGACCCGCAAUAUCUGGCGUUCUGGAAACGACACCGAAGAGCCGACUGUCAGCAUCCCACUUAGCUGGAUAUCUAUUAUCGGCCCUACUGACUUCGCCGAUGCUGUGCACGGAAUAAAUUUUAAGGAGGUUUGGCUCUACUGGGAUACAGCUCUGCUCAUGAAGCAUCUUCCCCUGGAGGCUGUCGUUUCCCAAACGCAGAAUGUCCUACCUAAGGCAUGA